GUGUGUCUGAGUGGCGCUGCUGGAUGGGACCAUGGGGCACUCUUUGCUCGGUGUGCUGUCGUUAUUCUUGCUGAAUACACUCCUCUCCUGUGGACACACUGAAUCACACAAACCCAGAGCCACAGUGAGAGCAUCCAGGACGUCCAUACCAGUGGCCGGCACUCUGACUCUGACCUGUUCUGUUGAGGAGUCUGCGGGUUGGAGCUACGACUGGUUCACACGUUCCCCAGACCAUGAUGAAACUGCCAUCGCAACAAAUCGUGUGCUAAACUCUAUCAGCAUCUCACACGGAGGCAUCUACUGGUGCAGGGGAAGAAGGACUAACUCAGAUUUCUUCUCAGAGAAGAGUCAUGUGCAUCACAUCGAGAAAACCUUGUCCAACAGAAGCUUUGUCGUGCUGCAGCACAACUGGACUGAGAUAUUCAGCGGUGAGACGAUCUCUGUCAGGUGUGAGAUCCAGGGAGGAGGAGACACCCAGUGGGACUAUGAAUGGAGGACAACAAGCUCCCACCAACCAGUCACUGGUACAAACACAGCUCCCACACACAGUGAAUACAGGCUGGGCACUGCCUCUGUUUUCCACAGUGGAGAGUACUGGUGUAAGGCCAGAGCGGACUUGUAUUCCUCAACAGAGUGGAGUGACGCCUUCCAGCUGAGAGUAACACCCAAUAAACCCAGGCCCAGGCUGAUUGCCGAUAACACAACCAUAACAGGAAAGGGAAGCGUAGCACUGAUCUGCUCUGUGGAUAACGCGGCUGAGUGGAGAUACGACUGGUUCAGAAGAACCUCAGCCUCCUCUGCAGCUCAGAUCAUAAGAUAUAAUGAAACAGAUGAUGAAAUCAGCAUCUCAGAGGAAGGCAUCUACAACUGCAGAGGAAGGAGAGGAGACACAACUUUCUUCACAGAGGACAGCAACCUAGUCACAAUAGAGAAAAGAGUUUCCCACAAGGCGUCUGUGGCCCUGCAACCUAACUGGUCUCUGAUAUUCAGCGGUGAGAUGAUCACUGUCCGGUGUGAGGUCCCUGCAGAUGUACUGACUGAGUGGGAGUAUGAAUGGACCAAACCCAACUCAAAUACGGUUCCAACACACAAUGAAUACAGGAUUGUCAAUGUGUCCUCGUCCGACAGUGGAAACUACAGAUGUUUGGCUAAAGACAAGAAGAAGUUGUAUUCCACAACCGAGUGGAGCAAUGUCGUCACAUUAACAGUUUCUGAAAGACCAGCGGCUAACCUGAGUGCUGACAGAGCCUUUCCAGUAGGGGGCAGUGUGCUCCUGACCUGCUCCGUGGGCCCAUCAUCACCUGGCUGGAAUUAUUAUUGGUACAGAGGUGAGAAAACCUCGGAGCCCCUGACGGAUGAGGAUUUCAAGUCAAAUGGACAAAGUGCUAGUGCCUCACAUGAAGGACAGUACUGGUGCAGAGGAGGAAGAGGAGAUCCAGUUUACUACACCGAGUACAGUAACUCAGUCAGUAUUCAUGAAACUGUCCACAACAGAGCUGCUGUGACUCUUCAACCCAACUGGCCGAACAGAUACAGAGGAGAAACCGUCACACUUAGGUGUGAGAUCCAGGGAGGAGACUCUGAGUGGGAGUAUGAAUGGACAGCAACCAGCUCACAUACACCUCCCAACACAAAUGAAUUCAGGAUUAGUCUGGGGUCACAUUUGCGCGGCAGUUACUGGUGUCAGGGCCGACUGAAAGGUGCACGGCAGAAUUCAACAGGAUGGAGUGUUCCCGUCACGUUGUCUAACGCGGCUGCACCACGACCUGUCUUCACUGUGUCUCCGUCAUGGCUGACUCCUGGAGCCUCAGUGACUCUCACCUGUGGGGUUCAACAUCCGACUGCAGGAUGGAGGUUCUACUGGUACAGAGUUGACCCGAUUAGUUUGUAUCCAGUCCCCAGAUGUCAAGAGAUAAUUAAAUCUCGGAUGAGUUCUAUGGACAUUCCUGAGUACAGUUAUGAGCUGCUCCCAGGAAGCAACGGAGGGACUGAACAAAACUCCUACGUCAUCCAAGGCCAGACGAAGUCAGCAAGUUAUGCAUGUCGAGCUGGAAGAGGAGACCCCGUGUUUUACACUGAGUACAGUGAGACAAAGUGGGUCUGGUCUGUUGAUUCCUAUUCGUCAGUGUCUCUCACAGUGAGUCCAGACAGAGUGCAGCACUUCAGACAUGUCGUGAUCCAUCUGACCUGCAAGGGAAACUCUGAUAAGUGGAGAUUGUGGAUGUUUUCUGAAUACGAAGUACGAUUGUCAGAGUGCAGCCGUCAGGAAACAAUCCCAAGGUUCACAUGGCCCUUGUUUAAUCUUCCUCCUGGAGUUGUCUGGUGUGAAUCUGGAUCAGAGCUCAGCAACGCAGUCAACAUCACUACAGGUUGUAGUUUUUCAUUGAAUCUAUUCACACUGUGCAUGUUUCCAACAUCCCAUAAUAAUCAGCUGCGAGAGUGUGUCCGUCUGCCGUUAAACAAGCAGACAUCACGUAACUGUGUGGACGCCACAGCCUGCAGCGCCAUCCGGAGGCUGUUUCCCUCUCUUUACUCAAGAGGGUGGUCUUUUGUUCAAGGUCCUGUUAUCCUGGAGAGCCCUGUCCAUCCUGUGACUGAGGGACAGUCCGUUACUCUCCGCUGCUCACCGUACAGAAGAAGAAUCCUCUAUUCCAGCUUCUCUUUCUACAAAAAUGGUGAACUCCUCCAAAGUGAUGUCAGAGAGAAACUGGAAAUCUCAGCUGUGUCAAAGUCAGAUGAAGGUUUCUACAAGUGUGAAUAUUCAGGAGACUUCUCACGGGAGAGUUGGAUGUCACACCUCCCCCCCUCGUCUCCUGUGCCGCUGGUCAUUGGGCUGGUUGGUGGCAUCACACUGAUUCUCUUCCUCUCACUGCUACUGUUGUGUUGGUGCAGGAAUUCAAAGAAUCUGUGUUGUGACAGGCUCAGCCAGUCUCUGAGAACCAAUCAGAGCUCAGACCCAACUGUCCACCACGAUGAAAUCCAACUGCAAGUGUACUCAUCUCUUCUCCACGGUGACAACUGCAUCUAUGAAUCAAUCAGAGGAGACACGGAGGAAGGAACCCGAGGUGAUCCAGAGGAGAGGUCUGACUACGUUAAUGAAAAUCCACCUUCAGCUUCAGGACCACUAUGAAUGGUGCAUCCUCGAGAAAACAAGAAUAUGAAAAUCAACAUUCAUCCUGAAACACCUUCACAUAUUAGACUCACCAGUUUUGUAACAGCUCAUUGGAAAGAACGACAUGAUCUGGAUUGAAUUUCAGUAUCAAUGAAAAAAUAAAUGCUGUGAUAUUUGCUUUUGUGUUCAAUAUUUCAAUUGGCUGAUAUGGGCCUUUUAAGAUAUGCGCCGAUAUGAAAAGGUUUAUUUUACAGGAUAAACAACGUGCAUUAUGAUUAUAUUUUACAUUGAACAUUUUUUUGUCUAAAUUCAAGUUCUAUAUAUUCUGUCGUAUUUGUGUUUUCUUUCAAUUUAUCUUUAUUUCUUUAAAAAAUAUUGUUAUACUUAAGCUUUAUUGUCAAUUUUAUAUAUAAGUGAUAGUUUUUUACUCCUUGAUAUCGGUAUCGUCAUUGGUCCCUAAAAAAAGCUUAUUCUGUAUAUUUUUGCCGCAGUCAUGCAACAAAAGUUUGAAUGCAACCUGUGAUGUUUUCUAUUCGUACGUAUAUAUAUGUCUUUGUUAUUAUUCACCAAUGACUCAAUGGAGGACGAUGUCAGAAAGGACAUCGUCUGGCUGUGUGUUAUGUUCCAUAUACAGUCUGUGGUUAUGUGUGAUUAUUUCCAUGGCUCGUAAUUCUCUGUUUGAUGAAUACACUCGUCUGCAGACAGUUUAGCUUUUUGUUUUGAAAUGUGAUGAACUGUAACAGAUUAUAAUUCAAAUACAUAAUUGAAUGUGUUCUUUCUUUUAUCUUUAUUUAACUGUGAAAUCCCACCUGGACUCUGUCGAUAUGUCCUGUUUUAUUUUGAAAUCCCUCACCUUAAGUGUCCUCAGUUUGACUUCCUGUCUGUGUGGGAGCUUGUUUUCUUUUGGUCCCACCAGUGUCUCAUCAGCCAGUUACUCAUGUCUGCAGUUGUCAGCUGGUCUUUGCACAGUGAAGCUCUGCAGCUGCUGGAUUUUUCCUCCACAUGACGUCUCUGUUCUGACCGAUGACUCCGGCUUUCAAGUGAAGACAAGAAGGUUUGUGUUUUAUUGUGGCAGGAAACCCUUCUGUUGUAAAUUUAAACCUUUGUCUCAGUGGGAAUACUUUUCUCCCACCUGCAAGUCUACAUCAUCAGCCACAUGGUGGCGCUGCAACUUUUGAUUUUAUCUAUGAAUUAUCUUUUGCAAUAAUCUCAUCAAACCCUGAUGAAAAAGAAAUGUAAUUGGGGCGUUUAACCAGAAACUUUAUCCUAAAUAGCUAUAAAUGAAAAAACACAAAUGCAGCCAAAUAUAUAGAACAUGAAUGAAUAUGUUCUGCUUAUUCUUUAAGAUAAAAGUUUUUCUUCUGUGUGGAUCAGCAAAUAAACACUGAUGCAACACGUCACUGAACUUCUGAUAUCUGCCAAUUCUUAUCCAACCAAUAAAUCAGUUGAGUACUUAUUGUCUGCUGCAAAUUAGCUUUUACCAACAUGAGGACAUUGUUUUGCUGCUGUUAUGUUGGUGGGUUUUAAAAACCAGUCUAACCAGUGGUGAAGGGGCUUGAGACCAGGGAGAGUUGUUUCUCAUCUGUUGUUAAAGCAACAUUAUGCAAUUUUCUUAACCUUAAAGCAGCAGCUUGAUUAAAGUGAGUCUGAUGUUUGAGUGUGAACGUGUCAAAAAGAGUUAAUCAACACAUGUGGCUGCAGGGGGCGCUGUUCUUCAGUAACAGUUAGAAAGUGUUGCUUUAAGAGAUCCUUUCUGAACUGUGUAGACUGUUGCAAUGAGUUCAAACCAGGUCAUUUCAUAUCUAUAUCUAUAUAGAUAUAAAGAUAUAUAUCGAGUGAGAAAGUUCCUUUUGCAUCCAGCUGUUAGUUUUCACACUGAUGGUUUUAUCUUCCCUGCACAUUUGUAUUUUCAGCCACUGGAUGGUGCUCUGUUGUUUUCCUCUCUGUUGAUGUGUGAGGCAGCUCACUGUGCUUCAGUGGCUGUUUGCAUGUGAGUGCAUGUGAUGCAUGUUUAUUAUCACUGGAUGAUGUUGAAGUGGUUUUUCCUUCCUUUUGGAAGAAAGCUCUGUUUUUCCUGCUCAGUUCUUAGAUCAUGCAACGUCUGUGUGUUGUCUUUUGUUUCAUUGUAUUUUAAAUACAGACAAAUGUAAAUUGAAAACUU